AUGACGGAAAUUGUCCAAGCUUUGAGGCGAGGAAACUUAUCUUCUGUUGAUCACGGAGCGGCGGCGUCCCAGAUGCGGGCCAUCUCGAUAUGGCUUGAAGAGAAAGCGCAGGCGCUCCCAGCUACAUCUAUCGCCAGCCUCUACUCUGUUUUCUCUCGAAUGCUGAUCUCCGGACUAGAUGGACAGACAGGCAACGAUACACAAAGAAAGCAAGAUCACACUUCUUACGAGAUUCCAGACAGUUUCAUGACCGACUGGUCACGGGCCGUUGACGGCGCCUCUCUGAACCCAGAGGAUUGGCUCGAUAUGGGGUUUCUAGUCAACGAAGACUCGUUUGUUGACCUCGAGAAUGUAGACAUCACCGACCACAACGAUAAUGCUGCUUUCCAGUUCCCAUGA